AGCCAGACUCGAGACUCAUCUUUUCCCUUACCUCCCGCAUAAAACUUACCCCUCGGCUAUUCCUCUCCCACAGCAAGCAAGUGGCUUUCCCAGCGCAUCAGAGCUCAUAACAAUCAGACUUCUAGUAACGACCUCCGUACAGUCUAGUGUAUACAGAAGCUUUAUUCUCGAUACCCGUCGUCCCUCCCAGCGCGUGAGAAUGGCCAGAGCCGCGCUUCUCGCGCUCUCCCUGGCGCUGCUCGUCGCCGUCGCGCGCGCCGGCAGCCCCAUCACGAGCUCGUCCGCCAACGAGAAGCCCGACCUGAGCAGCAAGAAGGACGACGGGCUCAUGACCGAAAUCCCCGCCGCGAUCGCGAAGGCUGCUGCGUCAGGCGACGCGGCCGGUGUUACCUACGUCGAUACCGCUCAGGAUACGUUUUUCAUGGCUGACGUGAAGAAAGCGGGGUGGAACGCGCAAAAGUGCCCACCCGGUUUGAACAAGGAGCUGGCGGGAGCGUGCACGCCCAAGAACUGCUCCAAGGGCGGAAUCGCCGCCAAGUGGAAGACCGCCUACCUGCAGAAGAACAAGCUCGGUUACGAGCUGUACGUGCCGGGUAACCCGCUGACGCUGCUCAAGGCGAACCCCGCGUCGUGCUGCAACACGUGCGCCUCGACGCCCCUGUGCACGUACUGGCAGUACAUCCCCGAUAUCACGAUUGACGGAAAGAAGGGCAAGGGCGCGUGCUACCUGAUUCACGACCAGAUUGACUUCACGUGCGGAGAGAUGACCGCGCAGUACAGCACGGAGACGAAGCCCGUGCCCCUGCAGGUGCGCAUCGGCGGCGAGUGCAACCCCGCGGCGAAGAUCCUCAACGACCCGCAUCUGGUGGGCGCGCACGGCACGCACUUCGACUUCAACGGCCGCCCCGACAAGGCCUUCUGCCUGCUCACCGACCGCGACCUCCACGUGAACAUGCUCCUCCGCGGUUACUACGACGAGAGGACCGACAACGCGGCGCUGGUCGUCGACGGCAAGGCAGUGCACACGUGGAUCAAGGAGCUCGGCAUCGUGUGGACUGCCGGCGGCGUGGACCACAAGAUUCGGCUGGCGGCGCGCGGCGGCAAGCAGCAGGAGCGCGGCGAGGGAUUCAUGAAGAGCAUCGAGAUCGACGGCGAGGAGAUCCCUCGCAUGCAGGUCGGCGACAGCGUUACCGGCGCCGGCGGGCUCAAGGUCGAAUUCCGCGGGCUCGAGAAGGAGGGACCGUUCGAUGUCGAUUACUACCUGCUCACGAUCGACGGCCUGGUUUCGCUCGACCUCCGCCUGCGCGUGGCUCACCCCAAGCUGCAAACCCCGACCGACGCCGAGGCGCACAUCAAUGUGGGAAUUGCGGAGCUGGAGCACACGGAGGAGAUUCACGGCGUGCUCGGACAGACGUAUCGCGCGGAUCACUCGCAGCGCGCCGCGGACUUCCAGCGCCUGAUCGCGAGCCUGCACCGUCCGAUCUCCGCCGAUGGCGCGGAGGGCAAGGGCUUCCUUGAUGGCACACCCAGGUCGUACGAGGCGAGCGACGUGCUCGCUGUGGAUUGCGCUUAUACCGCGUACGGCCGCGCCAGACAAGUCAUGCCCGUGCAGCCGUAAGUGCUGGUUCGGUGCUGCAUGUACUGUACAGUGGGCUGAAUGUAUACAUAGGUAGCAUACAUCCAUAGGACUAAUACUAGUGGGCUGAUUCUCCCUAAUGUAUUGGAUUUAUUUCUGCCAAACCACUCUUCAUACGGUUUUGAUCUUAAUACUAAGCAGCA